AUCAUAACAAUCCGGUAAUAUUAGUUGCAUUAUAAAAAUGACUCUAAAUCUCCCACUUUUUCCAAGUCUUCGCCCUCCUAUUGACUUCUUCUCUGAGUCUUCCCAUCCACAACCAGAACCCAUCUUUUGAUCAAUUCAAACCUCCAUUUCAAAUACAAACCACUCCUGAAUGCACCCAGAUUUCUCUUACCAACCACUAAACUAAUCAUGAACAAUCUCUUCUCAAGUUCUUUUACCCGGUUCCGGCAAUACUCAGACGACAUUGAAAUGGGUCCGCCAACACCCAGCGCCGUUGUAAACCUCGACAAAUUCUUCGGCGAUGUAGAAACCAUUAAAGAUGAUCUCAAGGAAUUGGAGGAACUUCAACGAAAAUUAAGGGCAGCCCAUGAAGAAAGCAAUACGGCUUACAACGCGGGUACAGUCAAGGAGCUUCGUGCUAGGAUGGACCGGGAUGUAGGUCAAGCUUUAAAGAAAGCUAAGAUGAUUAAAGUCCGGCUUGAAGCGUUAGACCGGUCUAAUGCGGCGCACCGGAAUUUACCCGGAUGUGGUCCGGGUAGUUCUGCGGAUAGGACAAGGACGUCGGUGGUGGAUGGGUUAAGGAAGAAAUUGAAGGAAAAAAUGGAGGGAUUUCAGGAGUUGAGGGAAAAGAUCAAUGGAGAGUAUAGGGAGACUGUUGGGAGAAGGUAUUUUACUGUUACGGGUGAAAAUCCUGAUGAGAAAACUGUUGAUUUGUUGAUUAGUACUGGUGAGAGUGAAACUUUCUUGCAGAAAGCUAUUCAGCAACAGGGAAGAGGACAAAUACUAGAUACAAUCGCAGAGAUCCAAGAAAGGCACGAUGCUGUUAAAGACAUCGAAAGGAACUUGAAGGAACUACACCAAACGUUUAUGGACAUGGCGGUGUUAGUACAGUAUCAAGGCGAGCAGCUGGAUAACAUUGAGGCCAAUGUUGGUAGAGCUACCUCCUUUGUUAGGGGAGGCACAGAGCAAUUGGUUACUGCUCGAAAGCACCAGAAGAAUUCCCGAAAAUGGACUUGCUUUGGUAUUAUUCUGCUGCUCAUUAUCAUACUAGUUGUUGUCCUCUCUAUACAUCCAUGGACGAAGAAAUAGGUACUAAAUCGCACAUUGCACCCGGUAGAGCUGUUAAUGCGGUCUGAACUUUGUGCAGAACAUUCCGAUUGAAUUUUAAAGAUUAUCCGAAUCUACUACUGGUUACACCAGGAAGUAUUCAUUUUCUGGGAAUGAUAAUAUGGGCUAAUGUUUGCCAACCAUCCCAAUUCUCAUGUGGCUUUUCAAUUUUCAUGCAGCAUUAUUGCUAGAAGAAUGGGAAUAUGGGAUUGUAUGUCAUCAUUUUCCUUUGACUGUAAUAAAGAUUUGUAAAUACCACAAUGAUUUGUUGAUAUUCAUCAUGUGGUUUGUAGAAUUGUUUGUUUUGACAUUGUAUUCCCAUAUUUCAGGGUUUAUGUUGCUCACCAGCUAUUAUAAACUUCCUCUAUUCAAUUCUAUCAGUAUUAUUUGCUA